AUGGCGUCUCAGCCAAUCCUGGACUGGCAGCUGGACGAGGACAGGUUCGUGACGCUACUGGAAAAGCUGAUCAACGAGGCGCGUUACCUUCAGAACAACCCUCCUGAAUGCGUGCCCAAGGAGGACCGCGCAGUGCGACACGUUCUCGAAGUGCUGCAGCCCUACAGUGAGGAGGAGGGUGGCCCGCUGCACAUCCAGCAUGUGAGCUACGUGGAGGGGCGAGGCAACCUCAUCAUCACAUACAAGGGCUCACACCCCUCCAACGUGCUCUCCUUUGUCGGCUGUCACAUGGACGUCGUCACUGCCAACCCCGAUGACUGGGACUUUGACCCCUUCACAUUCUCCCGAGAUGGGGACAAGCUGAGAGGCCGCGGCACCACGGACUGCCUGGGCCACGUGGCGCUCGUCACAGAGCUCAUGCGCCAGCUGGCAGUCUGCCGCCCGGAGCUGGGCGCGACAGUGGUGGCGGUGCUGAUAGCCAAUGAGGAGAACGCAACAGUGAAGGAUAUUGGAGUGGAUGGGCUGGUGAAGGCGGGCCUGCUGGACCACCUCAGGAACGGACCCCUCUUCUGGGUGGACACGGCAGACAAGCAGCCGUGCAUAGGCACGGGGGGCAUGCUGGCAUGGAAGCUCAAGGCGUUUGGGAAGCUCUUCCACUCGGGCCUGCCGCACAAGGCGGUGAACCCUAUCGAGCUCGGCAUGACAGCCUUGGCGGAGUUUCAGACCCGCUUCUAUCGGGACUUUCCUCCUCACGAGAUGGAGAAGACGUAUGGGUUUGCCACACCAUCGACCAUGAAGCCCACUCAGUGGUCGUAUCCGGGCGGCAGUGUGAAUCAGAUCCCUGGGGAGUGCACACUUGCAGGGGAUUGCAGAAUAACGCCAUUCUAUGAUGUGGACGAGGUAGCAGCGAAGCUGAGGGAGUACGUGGCAGACAUAAACGCCAACCUGUCCACGCUCUCAGGCCCCGGCCCGUGCUCGAAAUUUGUUCUGCCCGAAGAAAAUCUGCAGGGCAGACUCGAGCUAGAGAUAGCAGAGGCGCCGAUGAAGGGCGUGGCGUGUAACCUGGACUCGCCUGGUUACCACGCGCUGGUAACCGCCACGAAGGAUGUGAUGGGCGAGUGCAAGCCGUACUCCAUCACGGGAUCCCUGCCGUUGAUUCGCGAUCUGCAGGAGGCAGGAUUCGAUGUGCAGACCAUGGGAUAUGGUGAGAUUGUCUUUUGA